AUGCUCACCAGGUGCGUCCGGCUGAUCCUACAGCAAGAAAAGACUCAACGGCCUAGCUCAGGGCUAGCGAUCUUGGGCGUCGACCGUCUCAUCACCGAAGUAAUCAUUGAUACCAGCACGACAACUUAUUCGUUCUACGUUGACUUUACAUGGGCCGUUGCAAAACCCCACAAUGCGUCAAUUUCCACAGACUCGAGGGAAAGCAGUAACAACUUGCUGCAACGCUGCGCGCGUGUGUGGCAGCUGCAGUUGCUGGUCGAGGAAAAUCUCCCGCGACUGACAGGGAGAAGGCCGCAUAAAUCACUCUGGAUCAAACAAUCCCCACCUCCUCCUUUGCAUCACGCGCAUAUCCAAAUGGAUUCCAUGCUAGGGGGCGCGAGAAGUACUCGAGAUGGAGUCGCGAGAUCGUACGAUGGGUGUCCAGCGGUUGGAGAUGCCCUGCCUCUCGGGGCUCUGCAAUUUCUUCUCCCGUUUCUGCCGUCAAUCCAUAUGCGGGGUGGCUUCCGUCAUUCUGCAGCCACACGUGUGUUGGGAAGGCUUAUCUCGAACGCUUGGUUUUUUCUUGCCAUUGUUCAUUCGUUGGGGGUCAACCCUGAGAGCGUGGCGAGCUCCCGCACUUUGCGUCCACGACGCUACGGGUACAGCUUCAUUGUCUACCGAGCGUGCGACCUGUUGCGAGUUAGUCGGCAUCUCGGUUCAUUAGACUCAUCAACGGCUCAGGAGAAACGUUUACUGCAACUUUCGGCAUGGCUAGUCCCUACGCAAUACAACGCCAAUAUCAAUGUCAUCUAUACGGAUAUUGGCAAGAGUCAUGAUACGGUAAACUUUGCGCGCAAGCCCUUGCAUAUCGAAGUCAAAGAGCUUACCUUACCGGUGCCGUUCACCCAUCGGGCGUCAAACCAGUUCGUCCUAUUGACCACAAACCCUGUCCACAACACAAUCCUAUUGAUAAGCGCGCGAUCCCGCUUCUCCGAAGCGAGACAGCCUGCCAUCGACUUGCAGAUGUCAAAAAGUUCAAGUGCCCCAACUAUCCCGGUCUUCGCCUCUCGGCUGAAUGGCAUGCACGAUCGAGCGCCUCAUUUCAUUUUCAACUGCCACACUCUGCCUCUAGUGGCUGUUGAGACGACGCGAAUGUCGACUCAGCUCGCGAUGCUACUUUUUUGGUGUAGUGAGUACAGGCACGAACCGUACGAUGCGUUUCUUGGCCCGCCUAGCGGUAGCAAACAUCGCUCCGUAUACUGUGGGAAGCUUGAAGCAAAAGGCAAAAUUCAGAAACCAAUGCCAUAUUCGGGCUGGCUCGGUCUCAGAGGUGGAGAUUGCCACGGCCCUGGUCAUAAGGAGGAUUUGGGGUUGGGCACACCUGGGGUAUGGCUGGUACGCUGGCACAUGGUAGGCUGGGCUGACGAAGAGACGUUGACUAUGAGCAAGGGGGCCCAGCAGCUGACGAUUCUCAACGACCUGUCUUCCCCCAAAGUUAAUCACUGUCACCGAGACCUCGUCCGGCACGGCCCCCAACGACCGAACGACCGACCGGCUUGGCCUGGAGUCACUGGAUUUCACGAGAUUGAAAGAGAGCGGAAAUGCUCAACUUCAUCGGGAGCUAUCGCCAAUCUCGCGCGGUCCAGUGCGGUCGGCCACCGGCUACCGGCUCGGCCGAUCAAGCGUGAAACCAGGGAAGCAGCGCAGGAAGCAAGAAAGACAGGGUGCGGCAACGGCAAAUCGGAGGCGGCUUGCUUUCCUCGGACCGGGAGCUCCCUUGCCAUCUUUGUCACGCCUGAGAUCGGUAGUUUAGGCGGCGGAUUCCUUCUCCUUGGCCUUGAAGAGCGAAGCCGCACAAUUUUAUGUCACACAACUCUUGCGCGCGCGCACGCGUCUACCUCAGGAUUUCAAGUCGACGGCAUGAAGGAUGGUUUGGAAAAGCUCGAGCAUUUUACGGCUCGAUAG